GCUCGGCUGCCGCGGCUCCCUGGUGUCUGUAGCGGCGAUGGCUCUGGGAGGCUGGCGCUGGGCUCGCAAGGCGUUGGCUGCGGGGCGCCCGCUGUUCCAGGGCCGCGCGCUGCUCCUCACCAACACACUGGGCUGCGGCGUGCUCAUGGCCGCGGGCGAUGGCGCGCGACAGGUCUGGGAAGUGCGCGCGCGGCCUGGACAGAGAUUCAGCGCGCGGCGCUCAGCCAGCAUGUUCGCCGUGGGCUGCAGCAUGGGCCCCUUCCUACACUUCUGGUAUCUGUGGUUGGACCGCCUCCUCCCCGCGUCGGGCCUACGAAGCCUCCCGAGUGUGAUGAAGAAGGUGCUAGUGGAUCAAACGGUGGCAUCUCCCAUUCUGGGCGUCUGGUACUUCCUGGGUUUCUUUGUGUAGACCUUGCUGCCCUGGAGGAACUUGCUCUGAAGACCAGGCUGGUGUCAAACUCACAUAGAUCCACCUGCCUCUGCCUCCCGAGUACUGGGAUUGCUUUGUUCUAGGAGGCAUCAUGUACUCUCGCUGCCUUGAGUUUGCUACCAACUGCCACCUCAGCCUUUAUAACUACUUCUUGGUCUUCUUCCCAGGCCUUGGCAGCCUGGAGGGUCAGACACUAGAGGAGAGCUGCCAGGAGCUGCGGGCCAAAUUCUGGGACUUCUACAAGGCCGACUGGUGUGUGUGGCCAGCUGCCCAGCUAGUGAACUUCCUCUUCAUCCCUUCUCAUUUCCGAGUCACCUAUAUCAAUGGGCUGACACUGGGCUGGGACACAUACCUGUCCUAUCUGAAGUACUGGGUCCCUGAACCCCUUCAGACUCCGGGCUGUGCAGACUGAAACUGAAGCCUGGCAGAUGAGUUGGCCGAUGGAUACACUCCCACAGGAGAUUACCGAAGCUGGUCAAAAAGCUCUGGGCCAUGUCCAAAACCCAGGCUGACUGCCCCUGGACCAGCAGUCCCUUGAGUCCACCAGAGACUGUUCCCAUGUAGAACAGACGCCAGCACAGGCUGUCCGCCCUCCCCCCAACCCCUCCCGGUUUUCCAGUGGGACCAUGAAGCCCUCUGUCUGCCUGGACACCCUCCACAGCCUUGAAGUGGGGUCUGGUUUGGCCUCAGAAAACUUGAUGCAAGGCUGGGCAGGGUGCGGAAAUUCAUUAAAUUCUCUUUAAUGUCAA